GUGCCCGCAGAUGUCGGGAAGGUGGGUGUAUUCUCCGAAAAACGGUGGUCUGACUAAUGUACCGUCUAAACUAGGAAAGACCAGCUCUAGACUCCGUGCGUGGCUUGGAUCCGCUCGUAUUGGCGGAGUUGUCGGUCCGAAAGGUACGACGGUGUUUCAGGUGCCAGGGUGUGGUAUUCGAUCCCUCCAAUCACCAAAUGGAGUCGCCUCUGGAACGCGCGUGUGAACUUGGACCCACGCCAGGUGCCCGCAGAUGUCGGGAAGGAAAGACCAGCUCUAGACUCCUGGCACAGCCACAACGGUGUGCUAUUAUACAGCGUACACGUGCAGAUAACUAUCGAUAGAUGGCAUACGGGAUGAUCGGGAGGGGAUUUUCAGUAGGCGUGAAAGCCUUGAGGGCAGGGACAUCAACCGGACUCUUGAACAUCAUGAAGCAGUGCGCGUCAUUAUGGGUGUCCACGGCUUCGCAUGCGUCGCACAAAUCCUUCCCGCAAUACGCACAGCGGAACCAAACACCCUGGAUCGAGGACAUGCAUCUGUCACAAACAGCCGUCGUGUGCUUGAGAUUCAUCAAGUAUGCACGAGCGUCGGUCCCUGGUGCCGGACCUGGGCCUCGUUUGUAG